AUUUACAUAUACUAAAUUAUAAAAUGACUACUAUUUCCCAAAUACUUGAAAUGAAACAAAACAAGCUCAGAAGCUAUUAUAUCGAUAGCGAUGGAGACGAGAUUGUUGUCAGUGAUGAUGAAGACUAUGAUGUUGCAAUUGAUUAUGCUAAGAACAAAGGAGAUGUUGUUGUCAAGUUUGGCUUAUGCAAGAGACAACAUGGAGACUCUGAAGGCGAAUCCCUAUCUAAUCUUGAGGAUUCUAUAAGUGCUUCCAUUCCAGCCUUGCAAAACUUAGCUGAAUCUGUCGUUGUUGAUGAGCAAGAGCUUAAAGAAGAACUUAAAGAUGAGUUAAAUAAUGUAUCCUCAGCUAUUUCUGAAGAAGAACUUUCUGAGGAGCAAAAGCUCGACCAGAUGCUUAACUCUCAGCUUAAGGAAACAGUCAGUGAGGAAGGAUCAAUUACGAUUACUUCUGAAACUACUGAAGAAGUACAAAACCAACUUGGAGAUAUUCCUGGGGUUCAAGAUGGUAUGAGCUCUGAAGUUGAUACUGAAAGCCAGAAUAUUCCUCUAGAUAAGAAGAUUUCUGGAGUAUCUAAUAUAUCUGAUAGUAUCUCUGAAGAAUUCGAUAUUGUUCAGUCCAGGGUUCAUUCUUAUGCACCAAAGGAGAUGCAGAAAGUCAGCCUUGAGGUUGACCCAAUAAAGGAGAGUGUUGAAGACCUUAAGCAAUCCCAAGAAGACAUCCAAAAAUCUAUCGAUGCUUCCAAUAAGAAGGAAAAUGAUGCUGAAAAUCAAUCAGAAAUUGUUGAAGAGCAAGAAAAUAUGCUUUUAGAGAUGAAUAAAGAAGAGGAAAAGGAGGUUUCUCCAGAAGAUCAAUUUAUUGAAGACGCGCAACUAGAAGAACAAAAAGAGGAUAAGAAAGAUACCAAUCCUGAUGAAAAGGUAGAAAACAAUGAAGACCUUAAAGAAGACGAAGUUGCAAAGCUGAUAGAAGAGAAUAAAGAAUUUAAAGAUGACCCAAGACUUGGAGUUGCUGUCUCAAUCGCUCAAGCUAGAGUCGUCGAUGAAGAAGACAAAAAGAAAGCUAAUUAUUUCAGAAGAGCACUUGAAAGCGUACAAUUUGCUUUUAAUGACCCUCAUAAGAAGCUAGAAAUAGCUGAUAUUGAAGACUGAGAGGAAGAAAAGGCUCAAGAAUAUGUCAUUACAGCUAAGCCAGGACAAUUUGUUAAAAAGAGAUGGAGACUUGUGAACAGAUCAAACAUUCGUUGGCCAAAGUCUACCACUAUUAAAUGAGAAACAAAGGAUGCUGAAGUAGAACUUCCUAAAAUUGAGAAGCCUCUUCAACCAGGCCAAAAGCUUGAUAUUUCAGUGAAUAUUAGAAUUAGUGAAGAGGAGACUGAGAACAACGUCAAGGUAUUUAUUUUCAGACUCCACAGUAGACUAUAUGGAUACUUCGGUGUAGCCUUGGUUGCUACAAUUGAAAUUAUCCCAGAUGAAGCUAAGAAUGAGGUUGAAGCCUUCACUCAGGAAGAAAAACUUGAAGAACUCUUGGAGGGAGACGACGAUGUAAACCCCAUUAUGUAUGAAAUUGCUAAUGAUUUCGUUGAGGAAGGCCUUGGAAACUUUGAUGAAUGCCUAUCUGCACUGAGAGAAUGCAAAUCUAACUAUGAAGAAGCUAAGGAAAAGUUAUCACACAAAACAGAAUAAACCUAAAAGGCUCAUAUUGAAUGCUCUA